UUCUUUGUGUAGGCUGAUCAGCUGACUGAAGAACAGAUUGCUGAAUUCAAGGAAGCCUUUUCCCUAUUUGACAAAGAUGGUGAUGGUACUAUCACAACAAAAGAACUGGGAACUGUCAUGAGAUCGUUGGGUCAAAAUCCAACAGAAGCAGAAUUGCAGGAUAUGAUCAACGAGGUAGAUGCUGAUGGCAAUGGCACUAUCGACUUCCCUGAGUUUUUAACCAUGAUGGCCAGAAAAAUGAAGGACACAGACAGCGAGGAAGAAAUCCGUGAGGCAUUCAGAGUCUUUGACAAGGAUGGUAAUGGCUAUAUCAGUGCAGCAGAACUACGUCACGUUAUGACAAACUUAGGAGAAAAGCUAACAGAUGAAGAAGUAGAUGAAAUGAUCAGAGAAGCAGACAUUGAUGGGGAUGGGCAAGUCAACUAUGAAGAAUUCGUACAGAUGAUGACUGCAAAGUGAAGAGACCUCCUUUACACCUUUUUUUCCUCUAGAAGAAUCAAAUUGAAUCUUUUACUUACCUCUUGCAAAAAAAAUGUUCAUUUAUUCAUUCUGUUUCUGUAUAGCAAAACUGAAUGUCAAAAUACCUUCUGUCCACAAACUGCAUGUAAUGGUUGGUGGUCCUGUCCCCAAGAGAUAAAGUUAAACAUCAGUUUUACAAUAUAAAUAAUUGUACUACCUUGAAAAUAAAAAAAAGGAAGCACUUAGUGAACUCAAAAGUUCCAUUUGCUAAUGACUAUUACACUGUUUGGGCUGGCCAGUUUUUCAUGCAUGCAGCUUGACAAUUGAGCACAGUCAGACAUUUGUAUUAAAAGGAAAAAAAAAAACCAACCUAAAGGAUCCACUCUUUUGUUCAACAGUGGAUUCUAGUUCAAUUUGUAGUAUAAAUUGUCAUAGCUGGUUUACUUUAAAAUUGGUUUAUACCUCAGGAUGGUAUGCAGCAAAAUGGUUGAAGGAUGCAAAACUUAGAGAAAAUGCCCUAAAGGUUGAAUGGUUCUCCUGUACGUAGCAGUGUGCUCCAAAAAUACGAUGAUCUUAACUAUGGAUGGCAUGUCUGUGUUAAAAUACUGGUUUAACAUUGUCUGCAUUGCACUAUAGUGAAACGGGUGUCGGGCUGUUACCGUUCACAAAAUUUUUAAAAGAAACCUUCACCAAGGGAGCAUCUUUGGACUCUCAUAUUUUUAAAACCUUCUGUACCAUGACUUGGAGCUGGCGGAGUAGCCUGUGGACUUCAGCACAACUAUCAACAUUGCUGUUCAAGAUAUUACAAUUUAUGUCCAUUCCAAGUUGUAAAUGCUAGUCUUUUUUUCCAAUAAAAGACCAUUAACUUAAAGGUGGUGUUAAAUGCUUUGUAAAGCUAAAAUAUAUAUAUAAUUGAGAUAAUAAACCAAAAAAGCAGUAGGAGGGAAGUGUUUCUAUGAAUGACUUGCUGCUAAAUUAUAAUGCACAUGUAUGCAAUAAGUUAUCCCCUAUCUUUUCAAGAUGGCAAGAACUGACCUCCUGUAACCCAAGACCUUUGCUAUAAAUAAAUGAACUUGUGCUUGCCUUUCAUAUUACGACAAUGUUAAUUUAGUUGGUCUCAAAGUCGUGCAAUGCUGACUCGUCAACUAUCAGCACAGAAGUAACACCUCAUUUCACUAAAGUGGAGAGGUCUGAGCAUGCAUGUCAAUACUGGGGAAACAUGUAUAGGUUGAUUUAUUUUUUUUUUGACAGGUUAUAGAAACUAGUGGGAGAAUCUAAACAGCAUGGAUUUCAUAGAUAUCUGAUUCUCAAACAUGCCAAAAAUGCAUUUCUCUACCCACAGAAAGAAAACAAAGGACAAUAUGGAAAAACAAAACAACAGCCUUUUUGGAAACUGGGGCUAUUAUGUCUUGACUAUCUUCUCAAACACUUGCAUGAAUUUUGUGGGGUGGAGAAGAGGACUAGGGUUAAUUUAAAAACCAUCUUGUUACUUCUGCUUUGCAUGCACUAGCAGUGCUUAGUCAUUCCAGGUCUCUGAGUGUUCUCUGGUCCUUCAGCUUCCCCAUGAAUGAGUGGCAAAGCAGUGGUGUCCACUCUUCGUUUGCAAGAAGGUGGCUUUUUUUUUUUUUUUAAUAGCAGAGCCUCCAUGUGAAAGGCUUUUAUGCUUGGGAGGGAGGGACUACAGCUUAAUUACUUGACUAGAAGUUUGUUUCCAAAGGUAACUGGAGUUGCAAACCUUAAUUGCUUAAUUGCCUUUGGUUUUGGAGAGUAUUAAUACUAUCUCUUGAAAGAGCUGCAAGUCUCCAUUCAUCCUGUCUAACUGAGGUGCCUGUGUUAAGAACAUGGUUGUUUGAAAUGCAGCUUUGCUCAGGGGGGGUCAAGAGACACCUCCAGAAGGCAGGUGAGACUAUCUGCCUUCAGUGAUUUUUAUUUUUUUUUUUUUCUUUCCCUGGGGAGGUUGGAGGGAGUUCUGGGUGACUAGGGACCCAGACACCUUAACCAAGUGCCUAAAGUUAGAUGGGCUAAAUGUAGGCAAUUGUUCAGAUCUCUAGUUGUUGCAAAGGCUUUUUGCUAUGGCUGUGUAUGCUGUCUUAGCAAACUGGCCACUGUGAUGGGAAUAUCUGACUACCAUUUGAAAGUAAAGUCUUGCAUGGCAGCUGCAAACUGCUACUUUGGUAGUGCUUGAGAAAGGCUGCACUGAUUCUGUAGACCAGCUUUUAAAGAGAACGUACUCAAAGAGACAGGCAAGGUAGGAGCAAUGGUUGCUGCUCUGAGCUAAUUCUGCCUGAGUGUGCAGAGAGAUCUUGUCUAGUAGGUAAAUGCUUUUUACCAUCUAUCUGUCAUUCACUCAUGGUUGGUAGGGUAGUUCAUUUAAGAACAGCUGCUUUUAGCUUAUUCAGUGUGCUCUGUGCUUGCUAGCAAAGAGACCUCAUUCCUGCAAGAGGUUCUUGGCUCGAUUAGAAAUUGUCUGGCAGUGUGCAGUGUUGGUAUGCCCUGUAACUGAAUCUGCCUGGAGGUAUCUAAUUAUUAACUGACUUCAGUACCACAUCAACCUCGAGUAAAUGUAUCCUCUGUACAGGACUUUAGCUCUGUUCCCUUCUGCAUAGUGAAUAUUUAGAGAAAUUAUACAAUGUCAUCAAGGCCUUUCCCCCCGCCCCCCCCCUCUGUGAGUGUGUGUGUGGCUUUGGCUUUUUCCAAAUGUGAAAGUGUGGGCUGGAUACACUUGGUGCAUGGCUUAGAAACAUGGGACUGGAAAGAACUUCCUGGGUCAUCAGAUCCAGUCCCCUGCUAUUGCAGGCAACCGUGUCAUAUAAUCCUUUUAAUAAACUGAUCAAGCUUAACCACCUGCUUGUAAGUGGCUUGUUUUCAUGGAAGUUCUGUAACUCAUGUUGCUCUCAACUGAUACAAAUAAUAUAUGAAAUAUGAAGUUAAUCAAAAGGUCCUCCAGCUUAGCUUUAGGUUUAUCAUUACAUUUAUUUAACUGAGUUUCUCGAACCUGUUAUUCUUUGCACAACACUCAGGAAAGUGUUGAAUCUUUACACCCCCUUGCUAUGAAUAAGAGUUGGUGUGCUUGCUUAUUUUUUUUUUAAUGGAAAAGAUGGAUGUCUGGCUUGUUGAAAUUUGUUAGAUAUGUUAAUUGUCAAGGCAAGAAACAAUUGAGAUACUUGUAUUUGAUACAUAGAUUUAAGGCUAGAGUAUACAUAACCAUUUUUAAAAUACAUCAACUUGCAGUGUAGUUUUAUAUUUAAUACUGAAAUUGUACUGCUAAACUUUAAACUGCUGUUAAUCAUAUUCCUCUUCUGAUCAUAAUGAAAAAAUAAAGGGUAAGAAAAUGCUUAA